GUAUAUACGUUGUAUAUAUAGUAUGUGUAUGUGUAUAUCUUUCAGAUGUAAUAUUCGAUUUGUAAGAUGGCUGUUGCAAGCAAUACAUUCCAUUUGCUGGAAUUUGAAGAUGGGAUGCAAGUAGUACCUGAUAAUUGGGUACAAAAAGAUAAAAACGAAUGUUGGUAUCCAAAUUAUAAAACCGAUAAAGAAAUCACUAAAGCGAUAAAAAAACGACAUAUACCUCAAGAUGGUUGGUUAUCGUAUUCAAUUAAACGAUUAUUUGGUAUAUAUGAAACCUACAGUGAAGCAUAUAAUAAACUUAAAAAGGCCGAAAUGAAUUCCGAUAUUAAUACGGAUACCGACGACAAAACUCAAAGAAAAGUUAGAGCUAGAAAACAAAUUACUGAUGAUGAUGAAAGUGAUGAUGGUAGCAAUUAUCAGUCUUGCUUACCACCAUAUCCGAAAGCGCCUGAUAUGGGUCGUACAAGUAAGUAAUUUUAAAGUUGUUAAUUAUGCAUGUAUUUGAAAUAUACAUAUAUGCU